AUGGUGGUUACAGCUAAUUUGAUUGACUCUAGCAUUAUCCUGCCGGUAUCUGAAGAACCUAGCUCUGAGCUGUUGGUGACUAGAGGGACGGUUGUGUGUCAAGUCGAGAAGGCUACUACUCCUACUAGAGGACCAUCGGUUGGGUCUAUGAACACUAAAGUGACGUUGCAUAACGGUACACUGUUCACGACUAAGAACUUUGACGUUCUCAAUCGUCUUGAGAGGGAAUGGAAGACGGCCGGAGAGGCCGCUGGCGCC